AUGCUAGUACGAAGUAUAUAUAGAGGGAUCCGCAGCGAGUUUGGUAGAAAUGUCUUCGGGUAUGGGUGUAGACUGAGUAGAGGCAUCUCGACCAAUGCGCUUGGAAUCAAUAUGGAUGAAUUACCAAAACUCCACCCUUCGCUUUUAAAAAGAGCAGAGACACUUAGGGUAGAAUUGGAAGAUCUUGAGACUAAAAUCACUUCUGGAACGUUUGACCAGGAAACCAACGUAAAAUUCUCUACAAUCUCGUCCAUAUUGGAGGAGUUUGCCAAGUACGAGAACUAUCGUGAGAAUGUCGCAUCGAUAAUAGAAAUGUUGAACGAAGAGAACGGUAACGAUCAAGAGAUAAUAGAUGAUUGUGUAUCAGAAUUGAAAGAAUAUAUACCCAAGUUGAUCCUGGCCACUUCAAAAGUGCAAGUUAAGUUAAUACCCAAGGUUUCUAACUAUGACAAGCCAACUAUAAUGGAGUUGCGCCCAGGUGUUGGUGGGUCCGAGGCCCAAAUCUUCACCAACGACUUGUUAAGCAUGUAUAUAAAUUUUGCUAAUACCAAGAGAUGGGGUUGGGAGAUAAUUCUGAAGACUGAAGGUACUUUAGGAGGAUUGACAGAGGCCAUAUUGAGUGUCAAUGAGCCUGGUUCGUACGAUGUGUUAAGACAUGAGAGUGGAGUGCAUAGGGUUCAAAGGGUCCCAGCUACCGAGACCAAGGGAAGGACCCAUACCUCUACUGCUGCAGUCGUAGUACUACCUAAGCUUUCAGAAGGGAACGAGUCUUCUCUUCUAGAAGACGAAAGACAGUUUGCUCCAGGUGAAAUUAGAAUCGAUACCAUGAGAUCCGGAGGAAAAGGUGGACAGCAUGUGAACACCACAGACUCUGCUGUUAGAUUGACCCACAUUCCUACUGGAAUUCAGGUCCAGCAACAAGAUGAGAGGUCGCAGCCCAGAAACAAAGCCAAGGCGUUUUCUAUUUUGAGAAGUAGGCUAGCAGCUUUGGACAGAGAGAGGGAGAUAGCUGAACAAAAGUCGUUGAGAACUACUCAAGUUUCAACCACUGAUAGGUCUGAUAAGAUUAGAACGUACAACUACUCACAGAAUAGAGUAACAGAUCAUAGAUGUGGAUUCAGCUUGCAUGAUCUUGAAGGCUGUUUAUCGGGGGAGAAGUUGGAAGAUAUAAUCGAGGCCGUUGAGCAAGAGGAAGUUCGAGAAAGGAUUGAAAGUUUGUAG